GGGGGGUGUGGUUCGAGAGCGAAUUUUCCACUUAAAUAACUCGCUUUGGACGACGGACGACGACGGAUCGUCCCAAGCGUGGCUUUUUGAACGAGUGACAGUCAAUUUUGCUGACGGUAGACGACCUUUUCGCUGCCGAGGUGGCGGUGCGGACACGACAGGUGACGCACUUAGGUUGGCUCGACCUUUCUGCAUACAUAAGAUCGCAACGGCGCCUUUGACCGUGAGAACCGCCUUUCAUAACAAGACCGUCACCGCAGCUUGCGACAACGAGAGGUGUGCGGGCGAACACCACAGCGACACUCAGGCUUGACGAUAGCACGCAUCGAUCCAUCUAGGAAGCGAUGAAGGCGCAGCUAGUGGCUGCGCUUGCGACUGCCGCGCAGGCAGGCGGACUCGGCGCCCUCUUCGCGCGUCAGACGAUAACGGCGUCCGGCAACCAGGCGUACCUCAACAGCGUGUGCUCUCCCAACGUGACCGACACGUCCGGCACCCUGCCGCCGUGCAUCUCCGUCAUCAACAUCCAGGGCGAGUGCGCGCCAAACAACACCGACGCGCUCGGCUAUCUCGCCAUGGCAGAGUGCCUGUGCAAUCCGCCGUCGACCUUCUUCGCCGACUGGCUGGGCUGCAGAGACUGCCUCGCCUUCCACGGCGGGCUCUCCGAUGCCGCACUCGCCCGCUACUCCGUCGUCAUCUCCUCUGUCUCAAACGCCAUCUGCACCGGAACCCCAACCGCCCAGUUCGCCGACUACUUCACCAGUGUCGACGCCGCCGUCCCCGGCCCCACCGGCACCGCUACCGGCACCACUGACCAGGCGCCCAGCCAGACCGCCGUCAGCCUUUACUACACCGCCUCCGGCGCGCAGGGCCCGGGCGCAAUCACAGGUAGCGCAACUGCAGCAACCAGGUCCGGCGCCGCGGCAUCGUCUGUGCUGUCCGGCACACGCUCCGCUGCCGCGACGACGGCAACGUCGGGAGCCACCGCGGCGAGCACAAGCGCCGGCUCGAGCUCGUCUUCCUCUUCUAGCAGCGGCGCAAUGGCCACAGCCGGCCGCGGGCUGGGACUUGCGCUCGUCGCGGCAGGUGGUGCGCUCGUGUUGUAGAGCGGGGACGUUGAACAUUGUGAGAUAGGUAACGUGACAUCAUGACGUUAAAUCUUUAUUUUAUUCACUUCCGCUGCAUAUCCCCAUUUUAUCUUCGGUGCCCACGCACUGUGCGUGUGAUGACUUGCUGUCUUUGACUACCAAGACGGCCAUACUAGGUUUUUUUUUUUUUUCUGU